CAGAAAUAACGGCAUUGGAUCUAGUUUUUGAGGACUUAACCGAGUUGGGAAUUAGCUGCAACCGCCAACAUGCCGUCCAAGCCUGCCCCCAUCAAGAAGGCGGCUAAGAAAGAACCAGCCAAGAAGGAGGAGAAGGCUCCUGAGCCGGCCCCCGAGCCCGCUCCUGCCGAGGCUGCCCCGGCUGAAGCUGCUCCAGCCCCCGCUGAGGGAGAAGCUGCACCUGCUGAGGCGGCCCCCGCCGAGGGAGAGGCCGCCGCCGCCCCACCAGCUGAGGAGCCCAAAGCCCCCACCCCUCCACCCGCAGAUGCUGCUGCCGCUCCCGCCGCAGAGGAUGGCGCUCCCGCUGCUGACUCCGAAGCACCUGCUGAUGCUGAAGCUGCUGAAGCUGCACCAGAAGAGCCUAAAGCACCCACACCUCCACCACCUCCACCCAAAGAGCCUACAAGCAUCCCUGUGGAUUUGUUCAUUGAGGAUAAGAACGACACUUCCGUCACCAUCAUCUGGAGCCAGCCAGAGGUGGUCGGACCCUCCGGUCUGGAUGGAUACACCAUUGAAAUCUGCAAGGAUGGAACUGAGGACUGGAAAGCAGUCAAUGAGGACCUGCAGAAGUCCUGCCGCUACGUCAUCAAGAACCAGACCACCGGCGACCGUCUGAAGAUCCGUGUGGUGGCUGUGAACGCCGGAGGCCGCAGCCCGCCGCUCGCCCUCCCCGAGGCUGUCCUGGUGAAGGAGGUCGCUGAUCGCCCCAAGGUCCGCCUGCCGCGUUUCCUCAGGCAGAGAUACGUCGCUCACGUUGGAGAUAAGAUCAACCUGACCAUCCCCUUCACAGGUAAACCCAAACCCGUGGUGUCCUGGUUAAAGAACGGCCAGGCCCUGGACACAAAGAGGGUGAACAUCCGCAGCAGCGACAGAGACAGCAUCCUGUUCAUCCGCGCAGCCGAGAGAGACGACUCCGGAGUUUACGAGAUGUGUGUGAAGGUGGACGACUUCGAGGACAAGGCUCCCCUCACCCUGCAGAUCGUUGAGCUUCCCGGACCUCCCGCCUCUGUGAAGGUUGUGGACACCUGGGGCUUCAACGUGGCUCUGGAGUGGACCGCACCCAAAGACAACGGAAACACAGAAAUCACAGGCUACACAAUCCAGAAGGCCGACAAAAAGACCGGAGACUGGUUCACUGUGUUGGAGCAUUACCACAGACUGAAUGCCACCAUCUCUGACCUCAUCAUGGGCAACACCUACAAGUUCAGAGUGUUUUCUGAAAACAAGUGUGGAAUCAGCGAAGACGCUACCGUUGCAAAGGAGGAGGCCAAGAUCCUGAAGACAGGUAUCGACUACAAACCUCCAGAGUACAAGGAGCGCAACUUCAGCGAGGCGCCCAAGUUCACCACCAACAUGUCUGACAGAGCCACCACCGUCGGCUACAGCACCAAGCUGCUCUGCUCCGUCAGGGGAUCCCCAAAGCCCAAGGUUCAGUGGCUGAAGAACCAGAUGAUUAUCGGAGAGGACCCCAAGUACAGGCAGCUGUGUGUUCAGGGAAUCUGCUCUCUGGAGAUCCGUAAGCCCGGAAACUUUGACGGUGGUGUGUACACCUGCAAAGCCAAGAACGAUCACGGAGAAGCAAUCAUCAGCUGCAAGCUGGAGGUCAAACAGCCGGUGCAGCCAGAUGCAGAGAAGAAAUAAGUCAACAUUCACAAUCUCACAGGAGCAGAAGGAAUGAGGCCUUUGCAGCAAAAGGAAGGUGCUGGGUUCCUGUACGAACAUGUAUAUAUGGCUGGAGACCACACUACCAAAGGGUUGUUGCCUGUGACCUCUCGCCGAGAGUUACCCUGUGUUAUGAUGAACAAUUGUUGUCGCUUUAUGCCUUUACUCGCUCACUACAUUAUUAAGUCCAUAUCCAUGUCCACAGUCAGCUUUUUCCCCAACGAUCCGAUUUGUCCAUUUAACUAAAUUCUCAUCAUCCCGUCAGUCUAACUAGGUUUACACCGACACUUCUGCAGCAUUAUUUUCUGUUCCUCGUAGGAGAACUACAUGUAACAUCUACGUGUUUAUAUCAAUAAAUAAUUUUAUUUCUGGU